AUGCAGCAUAUGCGCAUGUCAGUAGCUCUCGGAACUCGGAACACUUUCUGGGGGAACCAUCAGCUGGUCACAGCUGAUCUCUAUCUGAGUACUUUGCUUGUUGUGUUCGCAAUGCUCGGACCUGUGAGCAGCUGCGUGGUACGGAAUGCCACCGGCGAUGAGUGCUGCGUCAGUGUGUUCUCAUCAGGCAGCGCAGAAGCACCCAAGAAGCACGUGAUGAAGCCCGAUGACGAGACUUCUUGCAGUGCAGAUUCAAAGUUCUCGCACAUCACAGCCUGGUACUUGUCUCAGACUCCACCAAACACCCAUGGCUUCCAAACAAACCCUGCAAUUGUUGAGCUCACCCCUUCGUUGACAUCAAGUGUUAGCGUUGGGACGGCUGGCGCGGAUGAAACAAAGCAGAAGCUGACAUUCGUGAACCAAUGCUCUGUGGAUAUUUGGUUCCGCUUGUUCUUCAACGACGACUACAAGGACCGACUUGUCUUCGCUGGUGGGUCCGAGGCCUAUGAGUUCGAUGAUGAGCGUGUAACUUCAUUUGGCGCAAAGUUUCAAUACCCUCCCAAGAAUGGAGUGUCGGACUAUCGCUGGAAUCCCGCGCAUGAAGCCAACGUUGCCGGCAGUGAAGUGACCGUCACCUUCAAGCCAACGAUCGCCUUCAAUGUGACGGAGAACACCUCUUGCUCCGACGAAAAAGCCUCGAAGUGUGCGGUACGGGUACGGAAUGCCACCGGCGAUGAGUGCUGCGUCAGUGUGUUCUCAUCAGGCAGCGCAGAAGCACCCAAGAAGCACGUGAUGAAGCCCGAUGACGAGACUUCUUGCAGUGCAGAUUCAAAGUUCUCGCACAUCACAGCCUGGUACUUGUCUCAGACUCCACCAAACACCCAUGGCUUCCAAACAAACCCUGCAAUUGUUGAGCUCACCCCUUCGUUGACAUCAAGUGUUAGCGUUGGGACGGCUGGCGCGGAUGAAACAAAGCAGAAGCUGACAUUCGUGAACCAAUGCUCUGUGGAUAUUUGGUUCCGCUUGUUCUUCAACGACGACUACAAGGACCGACUUGUCUUCGCUGGUGGGUCCGAGGCCUAUGAGUUCGAUGAUGAGCGUGUAACUUCAUUUGGCGCAAAGUUUCAAUACCCUCCCAAGAAUGGAGUGUCGGACUAUCGCUGGAAUCCCGCGCAUGAAGCCAACGUUGCCGGCAGUGAAGUGACCGUCACCUUCAAGCCAACGAUCACUUUCAAUGUGACGGAGAAACAGAGUGAGCGUGCGGAGCAGAUGGGGCAUACAAAGCUAGUUCAAGAUCUCUUCAAAAAGUAUGACACUUCUGGCGAUGGUGUCCUUUCAGAAGCCGAGAUGCUGGAUGUUUUCGAGCUUCUAACCGUUCCAAGGAACGAGGCUCAAGCAUUGUUCAAGGAAGCAGACGCGAACCGGGAUGGCAAGAUUCAGGUGCAGGAGUUCAUGUCUUGGCUUAUGACGAAGCCUGCAGUCUUCAAAACUGGGACAAAGUGA